AAACAGGUCCUUAGGAGACGAUGUCACUGUCAACGAGAGAGACAAGGUAACACACACAUUUAGCGACCUGCCUGGUCAUGGAAAAGUCAUGGAUCCAUCAUCCCUCUCAAAUAACACUGUGGAACUACAGAGCUAACGCAUGCUUCUGCGGCACAGCACGCCCAUCAGCACAUGCGAGUUUGGACGCCUCAUCCUUUGAGUGCUAGUGCUGGCUAGUAGUAGUCGUCUAUAUAUAAACUUGGACACAAUACGAAAGAAGGCACAAGUGAGAUCUCAUUAGUCAUUACAUUGCCGCCCCAACUAGUUAAGCGUUUGUCUUAGGUACCAAGGUGCCAAGUGCUAGUGACUUUGGAGACGACGAUGCAUAGCGGCAGCACCGUCAUGACCACCUUCUCCUCCAAACCACCUCAGUGCAGCAGCAGGAGGAGCUGCCAUGUCCAUAUUGGUGCCGCUGCUGCAUCGCCGCCGCCGCUCAUCAGGCGAUGCCCGAGCGUUUCAUGGAGGUGGCUGGAGCAGCGGCGGCACACCAGGUUGCAAUGUGGACAGUCGUCACCGCAGCAGAUUUCCAACCUUGAUGAGGAUGAUAGCCGGCUGAGCCAAAACGCCGGCAUUUUCCAUCCAUCCAUCUGGGGAGAUUUCUUUCUUGGCUACUCAAACCCAGCUGCAGCUUCAUCGCAACAGCAGACUCAGAUGGCAGAACGAGCAGACAAACUCAAGGAACAAGUGGCCGAAAUGAUAGCAAGUUCCACUUUUAGGGGCCAGCAUGAGAGGCUACACCUCAUCGACACGCUGGAGCGACUGUGUUUGGAUCACCUGUUUGAAGAAGAUAUUAGUGCUGCCUUAUCACAGAUUGAGGCUGCUGGCGUCAGUGACUGUGAUAUUGGGACGGUGGCUCUCUGGUUUUGUCUACUUCGGAAACAUCGCUACAGGGUUUCACCAGAUGUAUUUGCGAGGUUCAAAAAUGAAGAGGGAGGUUUUUUAGCAGACAACCCUGAAGACUUACUGAGCCUUUACAAUGCUGCAUAUAUGGGGGUGCAUGGAGAGACAAUACUCGAUGAAGCCAUAUUAUUCACCCGAAGGCGCUUAGAAACAGCAUUAAGCAACAUGGAAGAAUCAUUAUUAGCACAUGAAAUAAAAUCUGCACUUGAGAUCCCCUCCCCAAGAAGGGUCAGAAUAUAUGAGUCAAAGCAUUACAUAUCUGCAUAUGAGAAGGAUGCUACAGUGCAUGAGACGGUAUUGCAACUUGCAAAGUUGAACUCAAAUAUUAUGCAAUUGCAUCAUCAGCAUGAUCUGGAAAUCAUUACAAGGUGGUGGAAGGGUUUACAUGUUGAAUCGAAGCUUCCAUUUGCUCGAGAUAGAGUUGUCGAAUGCUACUUAUGGAUCUUAGGAGUAUACUAUGAACCAUGUUAUUCGCGAAGCCGAAUAAUAUUGACUAUGGUUAUUGCCAUAGUGACCCUAUUGGAUGAUAUUUACGAUUCUUAUGCAACUCCAGAAGAAUGUGAAAUACUUACCAAGUGCAUCGAAAGCUGGGAUGCUAAGGCGGCUCAUGACCUCCCAGAGUGCAUAAAAUUUGCUUUGGGGAAGGUAUUGGACAGCUUUCAAAAUAUCGAGAAUAUGCUCCACCAGGACGAAAAAUAUCGCAUGUCGUAUCUAAAAUACUUUACUGAAGAUCUGGUCAGAGGCUUCAGCAGGGAGGUAAAAAUGCUUGAAAAAGGCUACAUUCCAAAGUCUGUUGAAGAGCACCUGCAAGUUUCAAUGAGAACUGGAGGAUGCCCUAUUCUGUCAUGUGCUUCCUUCGUUGGGAUGAAUGACAUAGCAACAAAAGAUUGUUUUGAUUGGAUUUCUCAUGUACCUAACAUGGUCCAAGCACUUGCUAGAGUUCUCAGACUAUUAGAUGAUCUCCAAUCAUAUGAGCGGGAACAAUUGAUCCCUCAUGUUGCGUCAACAAUCGAUAGCUACAUGAAGGAGCACAAUGUCUCGAUUGAAGUGGCACGUGAGAAGAUAUACAAACUAAAAGAGGAGUCAUGGAAAGAUUUUAACAGUGAGUGGCUGAAUCCAGACAAUACCUAUCCCAAGCAGGUACUAGAGAGGAUAUUCAACUUGACAAGGACAAUGGAAUUCAUGUACAACCAAGAGGACAAUUUCACAAACUGCCCCAACCUAAAGGACACCAUCUAUUUGUUGUUUGCGGAGCCAUUUGCAAAUUAAAGCUCAUUUAAGAUUUGGCUCUUGGCAACCAACAAUAAAAUGCUGGUCCAAAUUGUAUAAUGUUGGAUUAGCUCAGCACCCAUGUUUUAUGCAGGUUCUCAACUUGUUCGAUCCAUUUGUUAGGCCAAUUUAAAAGACCCCUGUUAUUGUAAUUUGAAAUCCAUAAUUUGUUUUUACAAAAUUGAGAAUAAAAAUAUAUAUUAAAUUU